AUGUUGGCCAUCAUUUUAAAUGUCUUGCUUUGCAUCUGCCCUGUGCAUUCGGUGUGGGCUUGUGUCCGUUCCUGUCCUAUCAGUUGUAUCUGCACUGAAGAGAAGAGUUGUGCCAUUCUUUGUGACCGAACUGGCCUUGCACAGAUCCCUAAUGAGUUUCCUUGUGAAGCAUAUUCUAUUAACUUGGAUAAAAAUAACAUCAAAUUCCUUGCUGAGAGGGCAUUUGGUACCCUCCCAGCCCUAAAAUCUCUCUCAAUAAGCCAUAACAACAUAUCCUUUAUUACUCCUGGUGCUUUCAAAGGGCUUGCUAGCUUAACUGAGUUAAAAAUGGCCCACAAUGAAUACAUUCGUUAUCUGCAUACCAGGACUUUUAUUUCUCUCCAGAAACUAGUCCGAUUGGAUUUAGCAGACUGCAAUCUUUUCAACAUUCCAGACAGGAUUUUUAUAGAACUUCCAGCUCUUCGAGAACUCUUCUUCUUUCAGAAUAACUUCCGAAGGAUCCCAGGAGCUAUAAGAGAAAUGGAGAAUUUAACCCAUGUUUAUUUGGAGAACAACAAGAUAGAAGCAGUAGCAUAUAAUUCACUUCUGGGCCUCAUCCGGUUGAAAUAUCUCAAUCUGCAAGUCAACAGAAUAAAUGUCAUUCAUAAUAGAGCUUUUCAGGAUUGUCAGAAACUGGAGUACCUUUAUUUAAAUGACAACUUUAUCGGUGACCUCCCUGAUAAUUCCUUUGAUGGUCUGCGGCAUCUAAAGAUGCUUAAUCUUGGUGGUAACUUUCUCAAAAUUGUCUCUAAUACUUGGUUCCAGGAUCAAUCUGAACUGGAAGUUUUGUAUUUGGACAGAAACUGGAUCAGUUAUAUUGAGGAAGGUGCUUUUGAAAACCUCACGAGUUUAGUAUAUUUGCACUUGAACAGUAACAAUUUAACUACGUUGCCUUUCUUAGUCUUUCAACCAGUCUAUCUCCUAGGAGGACUCUACCUUUUCCGGAACCCCUGGGAAUGCGAUUGCAAGAUUGAGUGGCUGAAAGAGUGGAUGGAGAAUUAUGGACUUGUGAGAGAUAUUCCUUGCACUUCCCCGUCUUCAGUAGUUGGCCUUGACUUAAUUGAUGUUAUUUUUGAGAAGACAGAUGAAGGUUUAUGUCUUGACCCAGAAGAAUUAAACAUCUCAUCUUCUACCCCUCUUCCCAUGCAAGAACUACAGUCAACUACAGAGAAUAAAUUCAACAGUCUUAUCUCAAAAUUUCUACUCCAGAAGGGACUUUCAGAGGAGGUGGUAAACACCACAGAAGGUUUCAGCAACACUACUCUGUUAGAUGACUUGAUUAAUAAAGCAUCUUUAGGACAAGGAGAAUGGAAUAUAAAACAAAUAUAUUUUAAUAUUUGGAUAUUCUUUGUAUCUCAAGUGUUAUGGACCAUAUAG